ACCGUUACGUCUGUGGAAGAUUUCUGAUGUAGUAGUAUAUCUGUGACCGUUGUGAGUUUGAACAAAUUAUAUUGUUUACUUUUUAUUAUUUGUUUAUUUUUACUUGGUCAUUAUCAGCUAUGUAGUCAAAGCUACUUUAUAUAGUUCCAUGAAAUUAUACAGAUUUUACGAAAAAAGGUCGUCAGCCUAGCAGAGGUUAAAGAUAAACUAAAGAAACAAAUGGAGGCAGAAGCCAUUAAGGAAGAUUUUUAUCUGCCACAAGAAGACAGUGAAAGUGAUUGCUGAGAUUAAUGUGUGUCUACAGAGCGCAAGAGCACAGUAUGAACAACGACAGUGCCAUUGGAACUGUCUAAAUCUAACAUUCAUGGCAGAUCUGUUACAAAUUCUCUUGUAAGCUAGACAAAUGCAAAGAACGGUUUUCAGUGGUGGAAGAAGCACAAAAACUGGACUGACGACAAGCAUGUAACGAAACAUUCCUUGUGUGUUCCGAUAAGUCUAUUGUUACGGUGUUUCUCACGACAGGAAAUGUUUACAUAUAGAUAGCACAACGGAAAGUAGAUCCAGACUGUUUUCUUCCAAUUGUGAAGACCAAUUGAGGUUCUGUAGUGGUUUCGAUAGUUACAUCGUGGUUUUCAGUCACUCGUAAGGUGACACCGAAAGAACAGAUUCGACAAACUCUCCCUGUCGGAGUACGAAGAAAUGGCACCGCGACGAGAUGUGUGUGGCACACAAUGGCUCACCGAUAGCCUAAACUUUGGGCCACUUUUAAUCCAUCAGGAAGCGAGCGCGCCGAGAUGUCGCAGGACACGGGAAUCGUGACAGCCAAGGUGGUGGCCAUGGUGGUGCUGGGCGGCGCCUCCACGCUGCUGGGCCUCACGCCGCUCAUAUUCAGCCGGCUGCAUAGGCGGCGCGCCGCGGGAGGCGGCGGGGGCGGCGGGGGCGGCCGGUACCAGCUGGGCUCCAGCCCCUGCGCCGCGCUCUUGAUCUCGCUGCUGCUCGCCUUCGGGGGCGGCGCGCUGCUCUGCACCACCUUCCUCCACCUGCUGCCCGAGGUCCGCGAGGCGGUGGAGGAGCUGCAGGAGUCGGGCACGCUGGUGGAGACCAAGUUCCACCUGCCGGAACUGCUGAUGUGCUCGGGCUUCUUCGCGAUGUACCUGGUGGAGGAGCUGGUGCACCUGUACCUGCACCACCGGCGGCGCCGCGCCUCGCCCCACCGUCUGCAGUGCGGGCCCGGCGCCCAGACGGCCGACUCCGCGCUCCACCGGUCGCUCAGCAAGCGGCGCUGCUCGCGCGCCGACGCCUCCUGCCCGCCGUCCCUCGCCGACCAGCCCGACGCCUGCGACGCCCCAGCCCAGGGCGCCGGCGCCACCGUCUCCAACGGCGCCGCGGCAGGACUGCCCGCCGAGAGCGAACGGGUGCUGGUCCUGGAGGGUCUGCGCGUGGUGGCGGUCGACCUGGAGAAGAAGCUGAGCGCCCCGCAGCAGGCGGCGGAGACCGAGAGGCCGUCCUUGCAGGAGGACGACCCCUACCUGUUGUCUAGCAGCAGCCAGCAGCUGAUCAGGGAGGCGCCCAAGCCGCAUCCCGCCGUGCUGGGCGGCUUCACCGGCAGCGACCCGGAGGUGGUGCCAGUCGCGCUGAGCAGUGCGGACGAGAAGAAGUUAUCGAACGGUACCAGCGCGUGGGCAGACACCAACGGCAACCAUCCAGCCAAGCCGGUGCAUCACCCGGCUAAACACGUGCACCACGGACAGGCGCACGUGCACGUACACCUGGACGUCGAUGACGUCGACGGGGACGACUCGGUGCUGUCGUCGCUGCGUGGUCUGCUGAUCGUCCUGGCGCUCUCGGUCCACGAGCUGUUCGAGGGGCUGGCAGUUGGCCUGCAGGAGACGGCGAACCUGGUGUACUACAUGAUGGGGGCGGUGGCGGCGCACAAGCUGGUGCUGGCCUUCUGCGUGGGCGUGCAGCUGAUCGCGGCGGGCACGCGGCCGCGCUACAUCGUCUGCUACGUGCUCACGUUCGCGCUCGUCUCGCCCAUCGGCAUCGGCGUCGGGCUCGCCCUGGGGACGGAGGAGGGCUCCAGCGUGGGGUCGUCGGCGGCGACGGCGACGCUGCAGGGCCUGGCGUGCGGCACGCUGCUCUACGUCGUCUUCUUCGAGAUCCUCCAGCGGGAGGCCAAGGGCAUCCGGCAGUACUUCGCCACGGCGGCCGGCUUCCUCAUCAUGUUCGCCGUUCUCAUCACAACCUCUGAAGAGCACGACCACGGACACAGCCACGGCCACGACCACGACGAGGAGCACGAGGAGGCGGUCACGACCGCUGCCACCGCGGCCUUCUCCGCCAUCACUGACGCCGUCACCAGCCUAGUGAUCGCUCGCUGACCUGUCGCUGUUUCUCCUGCGUAGGCGGCAUCCUCGCCGUCGACUCCAAUCGAUCAGUUUCAGGGCGUGUCUAGUGGAUCUAUCUUGUGGACAGUUCUUGCUGUGAUCGCUCGAAUCGCUACCGUGCCAUUGGAAGUAGGCAGACAGAGUUGACGAGUUCAUCGGCUCGUUCCUAUGGACAUUUUUCGGUUUGGACAGUCACUUCCAUGCACUCACGCCGGUGUUAUUUCUGCUGUUUUAUUUUCGUCAAAUUUAAAAGUAUCCUGCUGCCGGAGACGUCAUUGUCAUCAUCAGCAGUAGAACGUCUGACACAGAACGUGUGAGGACUGUGCAAAUAGCGUUUGUUACUCGACUGCCUUCGAUCAACGAAGGACAUUGGCAUUACUGUGCCUUAUACCAAAGAGCUAGUUUUUUUUAUACACUGUACCUGAUUAAUGACCAGGUGACUGUUACAUAUGUGAUAUCUUGGAAUCAAGUUAUAUUGAGUUCUAACAAAUCAGUAUUUGACAUAAUGAACGUAUUUUUGUGUAACAUUCGCAAAGGAAUAUAUUUUUAUGCUGAGUGGUAAUCAUGCGUAAUUCGACAGUUAUGACAAGAUUCGUCUUACGUCACAUUUGGUGCUGCUAAAGCUAAAGUGGUGUAGAAAUUGACUGUGAACUACGGAAUGCAGUGGCUGAGAAUCUGAACUCCGUUCUUCAUACCUCGCACAAUAACUGAUAAUUUAGUGUGUUUUAUGUAGGAGAUGUGGGGAAGUAGUUACCCGUGUUGAACCGUAUGAUCCAUUUUUGUCUCACUUGAGACAGUGAUUGUGAAAAGCUAAAGCUGAUUCGGAUUAAGUGGUGAAAGUGUCGGUACUUGUUAAAACUAAGAAAAAAAUGGCCAACAUUCUGUUUGUCCAUUAAGUGCCAAAGACUUCCAGUAAUCAGAUAAUUAUUAAAGCAUGUUGAUUUUCAAUAUGGUAAAAGUAACAAAAAAGACGCUAAAGUAACCAGUAAAAGAUUGUAAACAUUCUUGUAUCCUAAGCUGAUGUCCUAGGAGCUUUUAGUCACAGUGUAGCCAAACUUUGUAUUUCAAUAGUGUUUGUACAAAGUGUGGUAGCGAAAUGUCAUCGUAAACAUAUUUUAAAGUAAAAUGCUAUUUUUGAA